AUGACUCGAAUAUUUUUGCUUUUAUAUUCAUUUUAUUUGCUAAUUAUUAAUUAUGGAUGUUUGGCCAUGUCGAUUUCGGCACUCAAUUCAUCGCAAGCCAUUUUGAAGUGUCCACCAGCAGAGCAAUUUAUCAGGUUGGUUUGGGGGGAUCUUAUAACCUGAGCAACGCUAAAAAAAAGUGAGAACGAAAAAAAAAAUUAUAUACCGUAGUUCUUGGUCGCGACGAGACCAUGUGUGUGUUUCGGGUGCUGCGCCUUUCAAAAACUACGGUGUUUUUUUGUUUUUUUUUCCGCGGAUCUUCGCGAAGCUUCGAGGUUUUCGAUUUUUCUACAUGGAAAAAAGGCAGAAAUCAAGGAACAUUGAUAACAAAACGAAGAAUGGAGAUGGUCUAACCUUUUUUAAAGCAAGAAACACCAUAAAAAACGAUUUUCAAAUGUUUUAUUGAGAAAAAACGCGUUUUCCCUUCAAAAUUGCGAAAAUAAAGCAAAUUCAUCUUUAAAUUUGUUCUAACUCAACCCAAAACCUUUUCCUGAAAAAAAGAUUUGCUCGCAUUAAUUUAUGCACUUUUUCCUCCUGGCCAUGAAUAUUGCGUGUAUGUUCAUACGACUUUGCUCAAGCGAGCGGAAAUAUGCGCUUUUCUAGUACGACUUCACAAUAAAUAUUGUUGUGAUGAAUGAAAAACAAGAAAAUUAUGCAUUUAUGAAAAAUGCGGCCACGUGGAAAAGUGUACAGCUUUUCCAUUCUUCUUUUUUUUGAAUUUGAACACAAAUUAAAUUUGAAAGAAAAAGAGCAAACGCAAAAAAUGGCUCCCAAUUAGUAAUUUAAUUCAUUUCGGAAAUUGUGAAACUUCUCUCAAGUUCAAAAGCUCAUGAAAAAUUCAUAGAAACCUCAUCAAAAUUUCAGAACCCAUAUGGCUCCGGAUUUCGAGACUCCGAGAUUAGUUCGAAAGUUGAAAUGGUUUCAAGAUGACUCAUUAGUUGCCUCAUAUCAACAAGUGAGUUUUUUUUUUUGCCUCAGGGAAAAAAGGCAGGAAUUUUCUUUUUCUCUCUCUUAAAUUCGAUUUUGAACACUGAAAAGACAGAUUUCUCUUCUUUCUUUCUUUGUUGUGUUUUUUCUCUUCAUUUUCUGUUCAAAAAAAAAAAUAUACGUAUAUAGGAGAAAAGGGAAAAAGUGAAAAGUUGAGCCUUUUAGAGGAGCAGGAAAAAAAUGAAAAGCAAAACUCAUCAUCGAUGUUGUUAUGGGUUUUUUUUCGUUUUGUUUUUAGUUUGAAAAAUGGUGGAAAUUUUGGGAUCGGGGCUGAAAAUUGUCUGAAAAUAUUAGAAAAAAUUCAUCUACAAAAUUUUAAAAAAUUUACAAGUUAGGUGGAAUUUAAAUAGAAUUAGCAAUUUUUUUCGAAAAUAUAACGGAGCAUGUUGAAAUUUUUUUAUGAUUCUAAAAAUUUUUGACAGUUAUGAUUCUAAAAAAAAGUUUUCUGGCGCCAAAAUUUGAUCUACAGUAAGUUUUUUCGUGAUUGGACCAGAAAAAUUGUUAAAUUUUUAGAGUUAAAAUUUGAUCUACAGUAGAUCAUUUUUUGGUGCCAAUAAUUACAGUUACCCAGGGCUUUUUUGAUGGCUAAAAAUGUGAAUUUUCAAGUUUUGAGCUUCUGAGUUUUGGGAAUUCGAAAAUAAUUCAAAACACAUUGCUCAUGUUAGAAAAUAAUUCAACAAAAAAAAGUUAAAUCCAAAAUUUUUAUCGGUAGAAAAAAAAAAUUUUAAUUUUUUUUUGACAAAAAAUUUUCGCUUCAGCAAAUGUGACCAUUGCUCAUGUUAAAAAUUACAGUAACCCAGGGCCUAUUCAGUUUUUGAUCUACAAAAAUGACCUUUUUCAAAAUAGUGUGACCAUUGCUCAUGUUAGAAAAUAAUUCAACAAAAAUCAAAUUCAACAUUUUAAUGGGGCGAUUGAGGUAGAAAAAAAAUUAAUUUAAAAAAUUUUUUUGACAAAAAAUUUCGAUACAGAAAAUGUCAAAAAUAGGAAAAAAUAUAGUUUUAGACAUUUGCUGAAUCGAAAUUUUUUGUAAAAAUUUAAAAAAAUGAUUUUUCUGACUUGAAUAAUGUUUCAAAUUAUUUUUCAUUGAACCUUAACUCAACUCCAAAACCAUUGCUCAUGUUAGAAAAAAUAUUCCUCAAAAUUCCCACCCAGUUCCAAAAGUAUCUAUAUAUGUAUACCUAGACACAUUUUCGUACCUCCUCUCACACCAAAAUAGAUGGACCUUCCUUCUUAAUGGUCAACAAAUAAUUGGAUUUUUUUUUUCGUGUUGGUCCACACACACACAUCUACUAAAUCCAAUUAUACCAUCAUCAUAAGUGACGGAGAAAAAGAUACAUCAUUAUUAUUAUUAUUACACUUUAUUAGUCUUGAGCACAGCCCAAAACCAUAUGGUUUUUCUAACUCGAUAAUUACUCCUAUGAAAUCCAAAAAAUGUCCAAAUUUUUCCUUUUCUUGCGCAAUUAAGCAUGUUUCCGCAAACAAAACAAAAAGCACAAAUGAAAUAAUGAAUUGCUCAGAUCAAAUUUCACCACCACUACUAUACUAAUAUUGAAUUGAAUAUCGUUUAAAAUACACCUGUAAAUGGGAAUGGGUUCAAGUGGUUUGCUAUUUGCACUUUUUUCUAUUGAGCUAGCAGCUCUUUUAAAUAUCUAAAUGAGUCAAUUGUUGGGGAGGAAUGACAGGAAAUUGUUUGAAUGGAAUUUGAAAGAAUGAAGAAGAAAUGAUGAUUGAGAAGGAAUUUGUGAAGUUCAAGAUUAUUUUUUUUAUUAGUCAGAGAAAAUAUUUUGAGGAAGGAUAGGGAUUUCACGUCGUGCCACAACAGAGGGAAAAGAUAAUUUCGUGGAGACGCAGACAUUUUGUGUGGUCUCGCAGCGAUUCACCUGAGGGACCGGAGAGAGUACGGUUUGAAGCUUGGUCUCGCAGCGAUUCACCUGAGGAACCGGGGAUAGUACGGUUUCGGCAAUUGGUCUCGCAGCGAUUCACCUGAGGGGCCGCGGAGGAGUACGGUGUCUUUUUUCUCUGCGUCUCCUCGGAUUUGUCAGAAUCAGAAAUGAGCUAUGACGUGGCGAAUUUCUGAAAUUCAGAUUCGAGAAUUUUUUUAGAGAAAAAAUAUUUUUGAUCUACCAGAAAAUUUUUGUAAAUUUUGAAGUCUAGCGAUUUCAGCCACACAUUGUUUUCUGCAAAAUUAUAUAGAUUCUGAAACCAAAUUUUUUUUUUAUUUCCAUUUUCGCCACGUCAUAACUCAUUUUCAAAAUUUUACAGCGGAAAAAAGAUCUGAAAACUUCACAGUGUGUAACUUCCAGAAAUUCCAGAAUUUUUGAAACCAAUGGAAAAGUUAGAGUAAAUAUUUUUGAUCUGAAAAAAAUGAAAAUUUUUGUAAAUUUCGAAGUCUAGCGAUUUGAGGCACACUUUGUUUUCUGAAAAUUAUUUUCAAUUUCCACUUUGCCAUGUCAUAACUCAUUUUCAAAAUUGAGCUUAAAUCAUUUUUUGACAUCGGAAAGAAGAUCUGAAAACUUCACAGUCUGUAACGUCCAAAAAAGCUAGAGAUUUAGAGAAAAAUAUUUUUGAUCUACCAGAAAAAUUUGGAAAAUUUUGAAGUCUAGCGAUUUGAGGCACACAUUGUUUUCUGAAUUUCCAACUUUGCCACGUCAUAACUCAUUUUCAAAAAUGAGCUUAAUCCUUUUUGACAUCGGCAAAAAUAUCUGUAGGUCAAAACCUUCGGUGCAUAAUUUCUCCAACCCUCAACAUUUUUCUGGUAUUCAGAUCAAAAAUAUUUUUCAUAUUUUUUCUCUAAAUUCCCUUCCGCGCUUGAGAUCCACGUGGAUUCGAGCUCCUUUAAAAAAAAUCUAUUUUCGCUCUCAACUUCCCCCCCCCCCCCGUCAUUUCUUCUACUACAAGAAACAAAAUCCGAUUUCCUGCCUGAUUGCUCUUUUGCCAUCUCUAAUGUAAAAGUAAUUGCCGGAAAUCGAAUCCGCUCCUCAACUCUUUGCCUCCUACGUAAAUAGUAUCCAUGUGUUAAGCCAUUCAAAGGCCAGGUGUAUUUUUGGGGGGAUAAUCCCCGAAGGAAGUUACGUAAUUUGUCGUUUGGUGUUUGCACACACACAUUUCAAAAUGAAUAAAUAAUUAGGUGUUAGCUUUGUGUGUUAGCCAACAAUGGGGAGGUACUUGAGAUUUGGAAAUAGUGUUUCAGGAUAAGUGGGUUCAGCAAGAAGAAGAAUAAGACAUCUGUGUGAACUAAGGAAGAGUAAUAAUAGGAAGAACCAAAAUAAAAAUAACAAUGUGUCAAUUGCACACUAAUUGGAUCGGUGAAUAAAGAAAAUGUGUGGAUGUAGAUGAGGAGAUUGGAGAAACAAAAGGAAAAGGAACAUCAAGGGGAGAGGAACAUCAGUGGAAUCUGAAGAUCAAGAACCUUUGGAAGUUUUGAGAGCCUCAGGAAACUUUUGGGGAUUUUAGAUAAAUCUAGGAAACUUAUAGGAAUUUUUAAAAUCUUUUGAGAAGGUUAGGAAACAUUUGGGGGUUUUUUCAAAAAUUUUUGGGAAUCUUUGAGAAACCUUUUGGAAAUUCUUGAACUCUGAGGAAAUUUAGACAAAAUUGGGAACCUUAGGAAACUUUUAAGGUUUUUAAAAAUUUUUGAAAAUUUUUGAGAACCUCUGAGAAACCUUUUGGAAAUUCUUGAACUCUUAGAAAAUUCAGAAAAAAUUGGGAACCUUAGAAAAGUUUAAGGGAUUUUUAAAAACUUUUGGGAAGCUUAGGAAAUUUUUAGGGAUUUUUUAAAAUCUUUUGAGAAGCUUAGAAAAUUUUUAGGAACCUUAAAAAACUUUUGAGAAGCUUAGGAAAUUUUUAGGGAUUUUUAAAAACUUUUGAGAAGCUUAGGAAACUUUUAGGGAUUUUUUAAAUCUUUUGGGAAGCUUAGGAAAUUUUUAGGGGUUUUUAAAAACUUAGAAAACCUCUGGGAACCCUUUGGGGACCUUUAGGAGUUUCUUGAACUCUUUGGGAAAUUUAGACAAAAUUGGGAACCUUAGGAAACGUUUAGGAAACUUUUUGGAAAUUCUGGAACUCUUAGAAAACUUUUAGGGUUUUUAAAAAUUUUUGGGAACCUUUGAGAAACCUUUUGGAAAUUCUUGAACUCUUAGAAACUUCAGAAAAAUUGGAAACCUUAGGAAACUUUUAGGGAUUUUUUUUUUACCUCUGAGAAGCUUAGAAAACCUCUGGGAACCCGUUGGGGACCUUUAAUAUCCUUAAGAAAUAUUAGGAAACAUUUCAGAGCCUUAAAAACCUAUGGGAAGCCUCUGGGAAACCUUUAAGAAUCUUAGAAAAACCUUGGAAAACUUCUAGAGAUUUUUGAAACUUUUGGAAACCCGAGAAACCUUUAGGAAAUUCUUAAACUCUUAGAAAAUUUUAGAAAAAAUUGGAAAGCCUUGAAGAACCCUAGGAAGCUUUAAGGGAUUGUUAAAACUUUUGAAAAAAUUGGGAAAUUUUCAAGAACCCAGGAAACUUUUGGAAAUUCUUUGGGAAGUUUCAGGAACCUUUUGGGACCUUCUAGAAUAUCUGAAAAACAUUGCGCCCAGAGAUUUUCAAACACCAAAUCCCAAGUUCUCCAAUCAAAAUUCUAUGUAAAUUCCAGGAUGACGGUUCCGAUUCCUCUCGUCAAUGGUGGGUUGUCGACCCUCGCUUCGAACUCAUCCGCCCAUUCUACUCCUUGCGAGUCUCACCCGUCACACCAGAAGAUUCAGGAACCUAUCGAUGCAGCAUCGAAACCGACCCGCUCUUCUCAACACCAUCCAGCACAUCUGAACAAAAACUUGCCGUGCUAGGUGAGUUAUAAAUCAGGGGAAAAAACACACUUUUGACCAAAAUUAAUGAGUGGCCUGGUCAAAGAGAAAAAAAGUUUAUAAAUUUUUGAGCAACAAUAACUUUGCUCAUUCAAAACUUCUACUAUAAAUUGUGUGGUUAGCGUGUCGAUUUGCAAUUAAUUUUCAAUGAGCACAACAAUUAUGUGUGCAAAAAUUUUUCUUGUUGUCCAAAAUAUGUAUAGUCUAGCAGGUGCAAGGGGAUUAUUUUGAGGAAAAUAAUAAAUAAUUAGAAAUAUUAUUAAUUUCAUUAGGAACAUGACAUGUUCAGGUGAAAAAUCUAAUAAAGGUUUUGCGAGACCAAAAUAAAAUCUCAGGAGAGGGAUUUACUGGUCAUAAAGAUGAGUAUCUUUUCAUUUUUGCGGUGCAGCCAGAAGAACUCGCAGAAUACUAAUGAGAAACACCCGCAAAACUUUCACUUAUCUGAUGUUGUUUGAUUGAUGGUGCAAGGAAUUUUUUUUGGUUUUGAAAUGACCAGAAGCUUUGGGAUUUGUUUUGGGAUUUCGCAAUUAAUUGCGAAAUCUCUUGGAUGGGGAAAAGUUUAGAAAUUACUCUGAAAAUUUGAGAAUUGAAAAUAAAACGUAAUUAUUAUUUUGUGACGUCAGGGGCUUUUGGAAAAUUAUUUUUCUGGGAACUUUAGGAAAGCUUAGGAAACAUUUGGGAAUAUUCAAGAAGUCUAGUAAAUCUUGGGAAAUCUCAGAAAUUUUUUUGGAAACCUUCAGAAUCUUUUGGGAAAUUUCAGAAAAUUUUUGGAAACAUUUUGAAACUUUUUAAAAUCAUCGGAAGUAUUUUGGGAAGUUCGGGAAAUUUUUUGAAAUCUUGGGAAAUCUCAGAAAUUCUUUCGGGAAGCUUAGGGAAAAUUUGGAAAUUUUUGGGGACCUUAGGAAACUAUGGAUAUUUAUUUGAAACUUUUGGAAGCCUUCAGAAACCUUUGGGAAUAUUUGGAAACUUUUGGGGAUUUUUUGAAAGUCUUGAGAUUCUUUUGAAACUUUUAAAAAUCUUUGGAAUUUUUUUGGAAACCUUUGAGAGAUUUUUGAGGGCCUUAGGUAACAUUUGGGAACAUUUGAGAAGUUCAGGACACUUUUUGAAACUUUUUAAAAUAUUCGGAGUUUUUUUUUUGAGACAUUUAAAACCUUUCGGGGACUUUUUGAUACUUUUCAAACUCUUUGGAAUUUUUUAGGGAAGUUUUAAGAAUCCUGGGAACCUUAGGAAAAUUUUUAAGAGCCCUAGGUAAUAUUUGGGAAUAUUUUGGAGCCUUUCCAAAUUUUUUAGAAUAUUGGGAAAAUUUUGGGAACCUUGGGAAAUCUCAGAAACCUUUGGGAAUACUUGGAAACUUUUGGGGAUUUUUUAAAAUUCUUGAGAAUUUUUUGAAACUUUGAAUUUUUUAAAAUAUUCGGAAGUAUUUUGGGAAGUUCAGGAAAUUUUUUGAAAUUUUAGAAAAGCUUAGGAAACUUUUGGGAAUAUUCAGGAAGCUUAGGAAAUUUUUUGAAAUUUUAGAAAAGCCUAGGAAAUUUUGGGAAAUCUCAGCAAAUUUUUGGGAACUUUUUGAAACUUUUUAAAAUAUUCGGAAGUGUUUUGGGUAGUUCAGGAAAUUUUUCGAAAUUUUAGAAAAGCUUAGGAAACUUUUGGGAAGUUCAGGACACUUUUGAUACUUUUCAAAAUCUUUAGAAUUUUUUAGAGAGCUUUUGAAAAUCCUGGGAACCUUAGGAAACUUUUUGAGAGCCUUAGGUAAUAUUUGGGAACAUUUGGGUACCUUAGGAAACUUUUUGAAAGCCUUAGGUAACUUCGGAAUCCUUCGAGACCUUUGGGGUUUUUUUUUAAUUCUGGAGAAUCUUUUGAAACUUUUUAAAAUCUCUGGAAUUUUUUUGGGAAGUUAAAGACAUUUUCGGAAACCUCGGGGAAUCUCAGAGAAAUUUUGGAAAGCUCAAGAAACAUUUUAAAAUAUUCAGGAAGCCUAGGAAAUCUUGGAAAAUCUCAGAGAAUUUUUUGAAAACUUUCCAGAUCUUUUAGAAUAUUCGAAGAUUUUGGGAAGUUCAGGAAACUUUUGAAAAUCUUUGGGGAUUUCUAUUUAAAUUUAAAUUAAUUUUUAAAAAACUCUGUAAAUCUUGCGAACCAUUUCAGUACAAAAAAAUUUUACCAAAAAAUAAAUGAAUAAAUAAAUAAUUUUCACGUGACACGCCUUCAAAUUUCAAGAAAACCCCCCAUUUCUCAAUUUUUCCAGUCCGCCCAGUUGCCCCAUCUUCCCCCGAAGUCAAAGCAGCCACAAAUCACUCAAUAACCCUUGUCUGGACUCACAAUGCCGCCAGAGCUCAUCGACCAAUUCUCCGAUUCCUCAUAUCAGUUCGAGCAAUCACAAACAACUCGAAAUUCAUGUUGCCAGCUCCAUCGAAUGCAACAACUGUGAUUGUUGAUAAUCUGAUUCCCUACACUCUUUAUGCGUUUGCAGUUCAGGCUGAAAAUUCGGCCGGUUUGAGUGAAUUCGGGCCAGAGACAAUUUAUCGAACACUAGGGGAGCCACCAGAAAAUCCGGCGCGAAUCGAAAAAAUUCGAAAUAUUUCAUCGACUUGUGUCGAGAUAACAGUUCAACCACCAGAAGAAAUGACUGCAGAAUUGGAAAAAUAUAUUGUUGAGUUACAGGAAGUCGCAAAUGAAACGAUUGCCAAGAAACAGAUGUAAGUGUUUUUUUCAGAAGAUUUUGAAAAUGAUUUCGAAAUAAGUUUUUUUCAGAUUCGAUAAGCCAACAUCUACACCAUUGGCGAUUUGUGGAUUGAAAUCGGAGACAAAAUAUUUGAUAUCAGUCCAGGCUGACAAUGGAUUUGGGAUAAGUCCAAAAACGACAUCAAUAUUCAAAACUGAGCCAAAUAUUCCGAAUUUGUCACCAACUUCGAUUACAACAGUUCCUGCUGUUGGAAAAGCUGAGAUUACUGUACUUUGGGAUGCUCCACCGCCAGAAAUUGUCAGACUUAUCACUAAAUAUCAUUUGUAUUAUAAGGUUAGUUAGGAUUUCUAGAGAAGCGGCUGCUUGACAUCUAGUUUCUCUAGGCUCGACUGCUUGAGAACUAGUUUCUCUAGGCUCGGCUGCUUGACAACUAGUCCCUUUAGGCUCAGCUGCUUGACAACUAGUUUCUCUAGGCUCAGUUGCUUGACAACUAGUCUCUUUAGGCUCGGCUGCUUGAAAACUAGUUUCCCUAGGCUCAGAUGCUUGAAAACAAGGCUAACAAGUCUCGGCUGCUUGACAACUAGUUUCUCUAGGCUCGAAUGCUUGACAACUAGUUUCUCUAGGCUCGGCUGCUUGAAAUAUAGUUUCUCUAGGCUCGGCUGCUUGAAAACUAGUUUCUCUAGGCUCGGCUGCUUGACAACUAGUUUCUCUAGGCUCGGCUGCUUGACCAUCAGUUUCUCUAGGCUCGGCUGCUUGACAACAAGGCUAACAAGGCUCGGCUGCUUGAAAACUAGGCUAACAAGGCUCGGCUGCUUGACAACUAGUUUCUCUAGGCUCGGCUGCUUGACCAUCAGUUUCUCUAGGCUCGGCUGCUUGACAACAAGGCUAACAAGGCUCGGCUGCUUGAAAACUAGGCUAACAAGGCUCGGCUGCUUGACAACUAGUUUCUCUAGGCUCGGCUGCUUGACAACUAGUUUAUCUAGGCUCAGCUGCUUGAAAACUAGUUUCUCUAGGCUCGGCUGCUUGACAACUAAAUUCUCUAGGCUCGGCUGCUUGAAAACUAGUUUCUCUAGGCUCGACUGCUUGACAACUAGUUUCUCUAGGCUCGACUGCUUCAAAACUAGUUUCUCUAGGCUCGACUGCUUGAAAACUAGUUUCUCUAGGCUCGGCUUCUUGACAACUAGUUUCUCUCGGCUCGGAUGCUUGACAACUAGUUUCUCUAGGCUCGGCUGCUUGACAACUAGUUUAUCUAGGCUCAGCUGCUUGACAACUAAAUUCUCUAGGCUCGGCUGCUUGGCGAAUACAAUCUUAAUUUUGUUUAGAAUUCCAAAAAUCACCAAAAUAAUUUUUUGUAGAGCGAAUCCGACAGUCAAUGGAAAAUGGAAAACCUAAAUCUGAACAAAAACAGCGGUCACUCAAAAAAGUUCAAAUAUCGUCUAGUGGGCCUCGAUCAAAACACAAUAUACCGUGUUCGAAUUUCAGCAUCAACUGAAAAAGGCGAAGGCCUUCCAAGUGUUGACAGCCUAAUCCGAACUGAUAUUGAACAACCGGGAAUUGUUGUCUUGAAAGAUGUGAAUUAUGAUUGUGGGAGGGGUGUCAAAUUGACAUGGAACUAUGAUACAACUCACAGGUAUUUGUAGAUUUUUUUAAUUUCUAGAUUUUUUGAAUUGUUUUUCCAGUGCUCCAACAUUUACAAUAAAAAUGAUGAAUCGAACAACAACUUUGCAAUUCAAUACAACACAAAAAUCAAUCGAUAUUCCAAGUUUGGCACUUUAUGAAGAGUAUGCUGUUAGUAUUGGUGUUAUCGAUCGAAGCAAAUUGGAUAAUUCGACGAUUUUGUAUGGGAAGUAUAGUGAAAAUUAUAGGAUUAUUUUGAAAGGUUCGGGGUUUUUGGGGAUUUUAAGCAUUCGAGUCCAAAAGUAAAAUGAAAUUAUUAUUUUGUGACGUCAAACUUGAAGUUUUCAUUGAGGAACUUUGGAAAAUUUCUGCGGACUUUAGGGAAGCUUAGAAAACAUUUGGGAAUAUUCAGGAAGCCUAGGAAAUCUUGGGAGAUCUCAGAGAACUUUUGGAAAACUUCAAAAGCUUUUGGGAAUAUUUGGAAACCUUUGAGGAUUUUUUGAAAGUAUUGAGAAUCUUUUGAAACUUUUUAAAAUCUUUGGAAUCAUUUUGGAAAGUUCGGAAACCUUUGAGAGAUUUUUGAAUCUUUUCCAGAUAUUUUAGAUCAUUCGGAAACUUUUGAAAGUAUUCAGAAACCCUGGGAAAUCUGAGAAAAAAUUUCGAAAACUUUCCAGAUUUUUUAGAAUUUUCGGAAACUUCUGGAUAUAUUUUUAGACCUUUUGGAAUCUUAGGAACCCUUUCAGAACUUUUAAAAUGAAAGUAUCUUAUAAAUAUUUGGCAAUGUUUCUCAGAAGAGCCCAAAAAAGAGCCCAAAAAUUUCCAGACGAAUGCGCCUAUCAAUCUUCAAUCUGCUCGAUUGGUGAAAAAUGCUCAAAACUAACUCAAAACGCAGAGAGCCCUAAACUCAUUUCAAUUAUAAUUGUCACAUUUUCGGUGAUUCUAUUCAUGGUGAUUUGCAUGAUUAUUGCACAUUUUGCGAGAGGAUCUAUGAAUUUGAAACAUUUGUUGAAGAAGAAAAAAGAGAAAUGUGUUUAUUUGGAGGAAAUUAGUCCGCUGGUUUAUGGUGGGUUUUAGGACAAAAUAUUUGAUUUUUAGGGACGAAAUUCAACUGAAAAUUAGGAUAUUUAGAGAAAAAUAUUUUUGAUCUUGAUCUACCAGAAAAAUGAUCAUUACACAGUUUUACGAAUUUCCAAUUUUUGCCACGUCAUACCUCAUGUUCAAAAUCGGUAGAUCAAAUACUUCUGUAAAAUUGCUACAGUAACCUGAACUUUUAGAAAGUGUUUCUAAGUUUCUAGAAAAAACUUUUUAUUUACAGUAACUCUAUUUUUUAAUUUUUUUCUAGGCUCGGCUGCUUGACAAUUAGUUUCUCUAGGCUCGGCUGCUUGACAAUUAGUUUCUCUAGGCUCGGCUGCUUGAAAACUAGUUUCUCUAGGCUCGGCUGCUUGAAAACUAGUUUCUCUAGGCUCGGCUGCUUGAAAACUAGUUUCUCUAGGCUCGGCUGCUUGAAAACUAGUUUCUCUAGGCUCGGCUGCUUGAAAACUAGUUUCUCUAGGCUCGGCUGCUUGAAAACUAGUUUCUCUAGGCUCGGCUGCUUGAAAACUAGUUUCUCUAGGCUCGGCUGCUUGAAAACUAGUUUCUCUAGGCUCGGCUGCUUGAAAACUAGUUUCUCUAGGCUCGGCUGCUUGAAAACUAGUUUCUCUAGGCUCGGCUGCUUGAAAACUAGUUUCUCUAGGCUCGGCUGCUUGAAAACUAGUUUCUCUAGGCUCGGCUGCUUGAAAACUAGUUUCUCUAGGCUCGGCUGCUUGAAAACUAGUUUCUCUAGGCUCGGCUGCUUGAAAACUAGUUUCUCUAGGCUCGGCUGCUUGACAACUAGUUUCUCUAGGCUCGGCUGCUUGACAACUAGUUUCUCUAGGCUCGGCUGCUUGACAACUAGUUUCUCUAGGCUCGGCUGCUUGACAACUAGUUUCUCUAGGCUCGGCUGCUUGAAAACUAGUUUCUCUAGGCUCGGCUGCUUGACAACUAGUUUCUCUAGGCUCGGCUGCUUGAAAACUAGUUUUUCUAGGCUCGGCUGCUUGACAACUAGUUUCUCUAGGCUCGGCUGCUUGACAACUAGUUUCUCUAGGCUCGGCUGCUUGACAACUAGUUUCUCUAGGCUCGGCUGCUUGACAACUAGUUUCUCUAGGCUCGGCUGCUUGAAAACUAGUUUCUCUAGGCUCGGCUGCUUGAAAACUAGUUUCUCUAGGCUCGGCUGCUUGAAAACUAGUUUUUCUAGACUCGGCUGCUUGACAACUAGUUUCUCUAGGCUCGACUGCUUGAAAACUAGUUUCUCUAGGCUCCGCUGCUUGACAACUAGUUUCUCUAGGCUCGGCUGCUUGACAACGAGUUUCUCUAGGCUCGGCUGCUUGAAAACUAGUUUCUCUAGGCUCGGCUGCUUGAAAACUAGUUUCUCUAGGCUCCGCUGCUUGACAACUAGUUUCUCUAGGCUCGGCUGCUUGACAACGAGUUUCUCUAGGCUCGGCUGCUUGAAAACUAGUUUCUCUAGGCUCGACUGCUUGAAAACUAGUUUCUCUAGGCUCCGCUGCUUGACAACUAGUUUCUCUAGGCUCGGCUGCUUGACAACGAGUUUCUCUAGGCUCGGCUGCUUGAAAACUAGUUUCUCUAGGCUCGGCUGCUUGAAAACUAGUUUCUCUAGGCUCCGCUGCUUGACAACUAGUUUCUCUAGGCUCGGCUGCUUGACAACUAGUUUCUCUAGGCUCGGCUGCUUGACAACUAGUUUCUCUAGGCUCGGCUGCUUGACCAUCAGUUUCUCUAGGCUCGGCUGCUUGACAACAAGGCUAACAAGGCUCGGCUGCUUGAAAACUAGGCUAACAAGGCUCGGCUGCUUGACAACUAGUUUCUCUAGGCUCGGCUGCUUGACAACUAGUUUAUCUAGGCUCAGCUGCUUGACAACUAGUUUCUCUAGGCUCGGCUGCUUGACAACUAGUUUCUCUAGGCUCGGCUGCUUGACAACUAGUUUCUCUAGGCUCGGCUGCUUGAAAACUAGUUUCUCUAGGCUCGGCUGCUUGAAAACUAGUUUCUCUAGGCUCGGCUGCUUGAAAACUAGUUUUUCUAGACUCGGCUGCUUGACAACUAGUUUCUCUAGGCUCGACUGCUUGAAAACUAGUUUCUCUAGGCUCCGCUGCUUGACAACUAGUUUCUCUAGGCUCGGCUGCUUGACAACGAGUUUCUCUAGGCUCGGCUGCUUGAAAACUAGUUUCUCUAGGCUCGGCUGCUUGAAAACUAGUUUCUCUAGGCUCCGCUGCUUGACAACUAGUUUCUCUAGGCUCGGCUGCUUGACAACGAGUUUCUCUAGGCUCGGCUGCUUGAAAACUAGUUUCUCUAGGCUCGACUGCUUGAAAACUAGUUUCUCUAGGCUCCGCUGCUUGACAACUAGUUUCUCUAGGCUCGGCUGCUUGACAACGAGUUUCUCUAGGCUCGGCUGCUUGAAAACUAGUUUCUCUAGGCUCGGCUGCUUGAAAACUAGUUUCUCUAGGCUCCGCUGCUUGACAACUAGUUUCUCUAGGCUCGGCUGCUUGACAACUAGUUUCUCUAGGCUCGGCUGCUUGACAACUAGUUUCUCUAGGCUCGGCUGCUUGAAAACUAGUUUCUCUAGGCUCGGCUGCUUGAAAACUAGUUUCUCUAGGCUCGGCUGCUUGAAAACUAGUUUUUCUAGACUCGGCUGCUUGACAACUAGUUUCUCUAGGCUCGACUGCUUGAAAACUAGUUUCUCUAGGCUCCGCUGCUUGACAACUAGUUUCUCUAGGCUCGGCUGCUUGACAACGAGUUUCUCUAGGCUCGGCUGCUUGAAAACUAGUUUCUCUAGGCUCGGCUGCUUGAAAACUAGUUUUUCUAGACUCGGCUGCUUGAAAACUAGUUUCUCUAGGCUCGGCUGCUUGAAAACUAGUUUCUCUAGGCUCGGCUGCUUGACAACUAGUUUCUCUAGGCUCGGCUGCUUGACAACGAGUUUCUCUAGGCUCGGCUGCUUGAAAACUAGUUUCUCUAGGCUCGGCUGCUUGAAAACUAGUUUUUCUAGACUCGGCUGCUUGACAACUAGUUUCUCUAGGCUCCACUGCUUGAAAACUAGUUUCUCUAGGCUCCGCUGCUUGACAACUAGUUUCUCUAGGCUCGACUGCUUGAAAACUAGUUUCUCUAGGCUCCGCUGCUUGACAACUAGUUUCUCUAGGCUCGACUGCUUGAAAACUAGUUUUUCUAGGCUCGGCUGCUUGAAAACUAGUUUCUCUAGGCUCGGCUGCUUGAAAACUAGUUUUUCUAGACUCGGCUGCUUGACAACUAGUUUCUCUAGGCUCGACUGCUUGAAAACUAGUUUCUCUAGGCUCCGCUGCUUGACAACUAGUUUCUCUAGGCUCGGCUGCUUGACAACGAGUUUCUCUAGGCUCGGCUGCUUGAAAACUAGUUUCUCUAGGCUCGGCUGCUUGAAAACUAGUUUUUCUAGACUCGGCUGCUUGACAACGAGUUUCUCUAGGCUCGGCUGCUUGAAAACUAGUUUCUCUAGGCUCGGCUGCUUGAAAACUAGUUUCUCUAGGCUCCGCUGCUUGACAACUAGUUUCUCUAGGCUCGGCUGCUUGAAAACUAGUUUUUCUAGGCUCGGCUGCUUGAAAACUAGUUUCUCUAGGCUCGACUGCUUGAAAACUAGUUUUUCUAGGCUCGGCUGCUUGAAAACUAGUUUCUCUAGGCUCGGCUGCUUGAAAACUAGUUUUUCUAGACUCGGCUGCUUGACAACUAGUUUCUCUAGGCUCGACUGCUUGAAAACUAGUUUCUCUAGGCUCCGCUGCUUGACAACUAGUUUCUCUAGGCUCGGCUGCUUGACAACGAGUUUCUCUAGGCUCGGCUGCUUGAAAACUAGUUUCUCUAGGCUCGGCUGCUUGAAAACUAGUUUUUCUAGACUCGGCUGCUUGAAAACUAGUUUCUCUAGGCUCGGCUGCUUGAAAACUAGUUUCUCUAGGCUCGGCUGCUUGACAACUAGUUUCUCUAGGCUCGGCUGCUUGACAACGAGUUUCUCUAGGCUCGGCUGCUUGAAAACUAGUUUCUCUAGGCUCGGCUGCUUGAAAACUAGUUUCUCUAGGCUCCGCUGCUUGACAACUAGUUUCUCUAGGCUCGGCUGCUUGAAAACUAGUUUCUCUAGGCUCGGCUGCUUGAAAACUAGUUUUUCUAGACUCGGCUGCUUGAAAACUAGUUUCUCUAGGCUCGGCUGCUUGAAAACUAGUUUCUCUAGGCUCGGCUGCUUGACAACUAGUUUCUCUAGGCUCGGCUGCUUGACAACGAGUUUCUCUAGGCUCGGCUGCUUGAAAACUAGUUUUUCUAGACUCGGCUGCUUGACAACUAGUUUCUCUAGGCUCGGCUGCUUGACAACGAGUUUCUCUAGGCUCGGCUGCUUGAAAACUAGUUUCUCUAGGCUCGGCUGCUUGAAAACUAGUUUCUCUAGGCUCCGCUGCUUGACAACUAGUUUCUCUAGGCUCGGCUGCUUGAAAACUAGUUUCUCUAGGCUCCGCUGCUUGACAACUAGUUUCUCUAGGCUCGACUGCUUGAAAACUAGUUUCUCUAGGCUCCGCUGCUUGACAACUAGUUUCUCUAGGCUCGGCUGCUUGAAAACUAGUUUCUCUAGGCUCGGCUGCUUGACAACGAGUUUCUCUAGGCUCGGCUGCUUGAAAACUAGUUUCUCUAGGCUCGGCUGCUUGAAAACUAGUUUUUCUAGACUCGGCUGCUUGACAACUAGUUUCUCUAGGCUCGGCUGCUUGACAACUAGUUUCUCUAGGCUCGGCUGCUUGAAAACUAGUUUCUCUAGGCUCGGCUGCUUGACAACUAGUUUCUCUAGGCUCGGCUGCGCUCGACUGUAACCUGAACUUUUAGAAUUUUCUAAAAAAAUCUUUUUAUUCACAUUAACUCUAUUUUAUCUGAAAAUAUAUGUAAUCUUGUCUGGAAUUUCAGAAUUUAUGAAAAUCUUAAUUUCAGCCUAACCUACUUAAUUUUCAGAUUCAAAUGGUCAUGAAGAUAUCCCGGUUGAACUAUUCUACGGAUAUGUCGAAGAUCUGCGACGAAACAAUGAUGCAAAAUUCAAAUCACAAUUCGACCAAGUCGAAAAUGCUGAAACCGAUUCCACAGAUUCAAUUCAAUCUUCCAACGUUGAAAAUCUCAACAAAAAUCGAUAUAUGAAUAUUGGAGCGAAUGAAAAUACGAGAAUUCGAUUGAACGCGUUGGAUGGUUCGGAUUAUAUUAAUGCGAAUUAUAUUGAUGUGAGUUAUCCCAAAGAAAACUGAAACCUGAAAUCAAAUUUUUCAGUCUUGUGAGGAGAGAAACGCUUACAUCGCAACACAAGCUCCGCUACCCUCAACGUUUUCCGAUUUUUGGAAUAUGGUUUGGCAGGAAAGAAGUAAUGUAAUUGUUUGUAUUACAAAUAUGAUUGAAGAAGGAAAACGAAAAUGUGAUCAAUAUUGGCCAAAUUCCAUUGAUUCUCCACAAAUUUAUGGAGGUCAUCAGGUCACACUUCUUUCCGAAUCUUCAAAUUCACAUUUUAUUCAUCGAGUUUUGGAUUUGAAGAUUGUUGGAAGUCUUCCGAUUGUGGAAAGGAAAGUGCAUCAAUUACAUUUUCUAAGUUGGCCGGAUCAUGGAGUUCCAACAUCGGUGAUGCCACUUUUGAACUUCAUCCAUUAUACAUCGGAUAUUCCAUCAACUGGUCCACAAAUUGUACAUUGUAGCGCGGGAGUUGGAAGAAGUGGAUCAUACAUUCUGAUUGAUAGUAUUCGAAGACAUUUGAUAAAUUUCCGGAGAUUGAAUGUGAUUGGACAUUUAUAUCAUAUGCGAAGACAACGUGAUCAUUUGGUGCAGACUUUGGAGCAAUUUAUAUUUUGUCAUGAAGCGAUUCGACAAUUGAUUCGGCAUGGGAUUACACGAGUGCAUUCCGAUCUUUUUAUGAGAUAUUUGCAUUAUUUGUCGGAGGAGAAUGUGAAAAAUGGGAAGACUCGGAUGCAAUUACAGUAUGAGGUUGGAAUUUUUUUUACUUACUACUGAUUCAGGUCGAGAAAAAAAAAAAAAAAAAUUUUUUAACAAAAAUUUUCGAAUUUUUUAAAUUUUUCUAUUUCGCAGCGAAAAUUUUUGUACAAAAAUGUUUUUUUUGAAUCACCAAAACCCUUUUGCGCAACGAAAAAAAUGUGCAUUUGUGCGUCGCCGUGUUUGCACACAACUGCGCGAUACAGUAGCCUCCUGCCACACAAAUUAUUAUCGAAAAUCUCAUCGGUACCACGCGAUCCACCGAAAUAAACACGCAACGCAGACCGCGCCGCACCACAACACACACAAAUAAGGGAACUAUUCAAAUUCCCUCCCUUUUUGUGUGUGUUGUGGCGCGGCGCGGUCUGCGUUGCGUGUUUAUUUCGGUGGAGCGCGUGGAGUGCCGAUGAGAUUUUCGAUAAUAUUCUUUGCAACAGGGCGCACAUUGUUGCGUGGCCGAGUUUUGUUCUUUUGAUAUUUCUAGGCCACAAUCACGCUCCAAACUUCAAUCCAAAAAAUAUUUAUCACUAGGAACCCAAAAAGAAACCUGAAUUCUAAUUUUCCAGGAUAUUUGUGAAUGCCGCCAUGCUCCGCCUUGCUCAAUCGAUGAAAAUUUCCUAAUCCUCCCCGGAUAUCAUCGAUUAGACGAAUUUAUUGUUGGCAAAUGGCCAAUCGAAAAUGAAGAAAUGUGGAGAUUAUGUUGGAAAAAAGACAUUCAAACAAUUGUUCUCAUCGGAGAUUCUUCGAAUUUUUGGAAGAAAAUUGAGAAAGUCGACUCAAUGGAUCUGUUAUUCUCACAAACUGAUGAGAGUUUUGUGAAUGUUUCGAAUGUGGAGAAAAAAAUGGAUAUAAAAAUAAUCAAUAUUUCACAAGAAUCACUUCAAUCUGAUAUUUGGCUGGAAAUUGAGAAUAUUCAAAAACUUCGAACUGGUUCACAUACAUCUCCACUUUUAUUGAUCUCCCCAGCUGAUCUCGAAUUACCGGUGACAAUUAGCACAUUAACCACUUUGGCUUGUCAAUUAGAAACUACUGGAUGUAUUGAUAUUGUACAAGUUUUGUCGGCUUAUUCUCAAAUUCAAUGUGGAUUGUUUUCUAAUAAGGUUGGUUUUUGAUUCAAUUCAAGUUAGAGCUCCCCCUGAAAUUUAUUUUUUUCCAGAUUCAAAUCGAUUUGAUUUAUCGAAUGAUUAGUGUUUUGGUCGGUGGAACACGUGUUUAA